AUGGAUCAGGGGCUUAAUCAGUAUGAUUCAAAUCAGGACCAGCUACGGAGACAAACCUACUCGCAAUUUUCACCUGUAUCUGCUGAUCAAGGCCUCGAUUCGUCACUUAACAGUGAUGAGCAUAUGGGCCAACAUAAUCUGAUCAACUCUUUGAAGGAUGCUGUUGGUCGUCCUUUACCAACUGGUAUGUCAGAAGACAGUGACUAUACAAGCGACGUCAACUUCCCAGUGCAACACCACCACAACAGUUCCGCUCACCAGUUUCGAGGAGAACAUCAAUUUCGGCUGCAGCAUGAGGACAGUAAAGAAUACUACAAUAAUGAAUCCUUUGAUCGGGGAUACGAGCGAGAACCAGAUUACUACCAAGAUGGUGGCAUGUAUUACCCUGGCAGAAGUGACACUGACUCCGAACCUUUGUAUUAUAAUAGCCGGCCUAACAGCAGGCCACAGUCAUUUGUCAAUGACAGUCCUGUUGAUAGUCGUGUUUCUUCUUUGAAUGUAAGCAGGCAAAGCACACAAGAUUAUAGUCCAGUGAAUAGCCGAAUUUCUUCAGCAGAUGUCAGCCGACAGAGCACUCAGGACUAUAGUGACUCUGCUCCCCCUCCUACUGAUCAGCCUUACGAGGAAGAGGAGAAACCGAAACAAGAACGGCCAGAAUUGCCUUCGCCUGCUCGUAACCGUUGGAUUGAUGCAAUACAAAAAGUUUGCAGUCAGUUAGGAGAUCCUGAAAUAGAUGGAAUGAAUGGGGAUUCACGGGAAAAAUGGUGGGCACGACAUGCCAAUGGCGGACCACCAGAACAUAAUACAUUUUACACAAGUAUAGACAGUAUGCCAGAGAUUAAACCAAGGCGGAAAUCUAUACCAUUUGUAAGCGACCUAACAAUGGUGGCAUCAAAGAGAAAUGCCGGUGUUCCAUCAGCAAUGGUUGCUCGGCAGUCUUUAAAUGAUGAAGAAUUAAAAAUGCAUGUUUACAAGAAGACCCUGCAAGCCUUAAUCUACCCCAUAUCCAGCACAACACCUCACAACUUUGUUGUAUGGACUGCAACAUCCCCUACUUAUUGCUUUGAAUGUGAGGGAUUGUUGUGGGGGCUAGCACGGCAGGGAGUACGAUGUACAGAGUGCGGCGUCAAGUGCCAUGAAAAAUGCAAAGACCUCCUCAAUGCAGACUGCUUACAACGAGCUGCUGAAAAGAGUUCAAAACAUGGUGCUGAGGACAAAACCCAUAAUAUUAUCAUGGCUAUGAAAGAUCGAAUGAAGACUCGGGAAAAGAACAAACCAGAAAUAUUUGAGCUCAUAAGGCAAGUUUUUGGUGUAGAUAAAAAGUCCCAUUCAGGACACAUGAAGGCAGUUAAGCAGAGUGUAUUAGAUGGAACUUCAAAAUGGUCAGCUAAAAUUGCCAUCACAGUCAUUUCUGCUCAGGGCCUUAUAGGUAAAGAUAAAACUGGAACUAGUGACCCUUAUGUCACAGUACAGGUGGGGAAAGUGAAAAAGCGAACAAAGACAGUGCCUCAAGACCUAAAUCCUGUUUGGACUGAAAAAUUCUAUUUUGAAUGCCAUAAUUCUUCAGACAGAAUCAAGGUCAGAGUUUGGGAUGAAGAUAAUGAUCUUAAAUCAAAAUUGAGGCAAAAGCUGACCAGGGAAUCAGAUGAUUUCUUGGGGCAGACAAUCAUUGAAGUUCGAACACUCAGUGGAGAGAUGGAUGUUUGGUAUAAUUUAGAAAAAAGAACUGAUAAGUCUGCUGUGUCUGGUGCUAUUCGUUUACACAUUAGCGUGGAAAUCAAGGGAGAAGAAAAAGUUGCUCCCUACCACGUACAAUACACUUGCCUUCAUGAGAACCUUUUCCAUUAUUUAUGUGAACAAAGCGGUGGAAGCGUCAAAUUACCCGAUGCAAAGGGAGACGAUGCUUGGAAAGUGUAUUAUGAUGAACCAUCCCAGGAGAUUGUGGAUGAAUUUGCAAUGCGCUAUGGAAUCGAGUCUAUAUAUCAAGCCAUGACUCAUUUUUCAUGUUUAUCAUGCAAGUAUAUGUGUCCCGGUGUGCCAGCAGUGAUGAGCACCCUCCUGGCUAACAUCAAUGCCUUUUAUGCACAUACAACAGCCACCACAGCUGUGUCAGCUAGUGAUAGAUUUGCUGCGUCCAACUUUGGAAAAGAAAAGUUUGUUAAGUUGCUAGAUCAACUACACAACUCACUUCGAAUAGAUCUUUCAAUGUAUAGGAACAAUUUCCCUGCCUCCGAUCCUGCUCGGCUUCAGGACUUGAAGUCCACAGUCGAUCUUCUCACGAGUAUAACAUUUUUCAGGAUGAAAGUUCAGGAACUGACGAGUCCUCCACGGGCCAGUUCUGUUGUGAAGGACUGCGUUAUAGCUUGUAUGAAAUCAACAUAUAAGUUCAUCUUUGACAACUGCUAUGUUCUUUACCAACGUGAAUUCCAGGAUGCCGGUGAAAGCAAAGAGGAGGCAGAAGGCCACAAAACAAUGGAAUUUUGGCAUAAAUUAAUUGCUCUUACUGUUUCUGUCAUUGAAGAGGACAAGAAUAGCUACACACCUGUAUUGAAUCAAUUCCCUCAAGAUUUAAAUGUCGGACAAGUGAGUGCUGCAAAUAUGUGGAGCUCUCUGUCCAUAGAUUUAAGGGAAGCACUGGCUGAUGAUGAAGAAGAGAAACCUUGCAAAAGCUCAGAAUAUAUGAAUCUCCAUUUCAAAGUGAAAUGGUUAUAUACUAAAUAUGUCGCUGAUGUGCCUCAGAUGAAAGGAACAGUACCUGAUUACCCUGCGUGGUUUGAAUCAUAUGUCAUGCAGUGGUUAAAUGAAAAUGAUGUUGUCUCCAUGGAUUAUUUACGAGGUGCUUAUGAGAGAGACAAAAAAGAUGGGUUUGUCAAAAGUUCUGAACAUGCUUUAUUUUCAACAUCAGUGGUGGAUAUCUUCACACAGCUAAAUCAGUGUUUUGAUGUCAUUAAAAAGCUAGAAUGUCCUGAUCCUGAAAUAGUUAAACAUUAUAUGGCACGGUUUGCUAAGACAAUAAACCAAGUACUUCUUGCCUAUGCAGCCAUUGUUCGGCGUGAUUUUGAACAAUACACUGGACGUCAGAAAACAGCUUGUAUUUUGAUGAAUAAUAUACAACAACUUAGAGUACAGCUGGAAAAAGUAUUUGAAUCAAUGGGAGGUGAAAAGUUGGAUACGGAAGCAGCAGACAUUUUGAAGGAGCUCCAACAAAAACUAAAUGGAGUUUUGGAUGAAUUAGCUCAAAUAUUUGCUAAAAGCCUUGAGCCUCAAAUUCAACAAAGUAUUCAAGAACUAGGUAAACUACUUUCAAAUGUGAAAGGUGCUGGUCAAGUGUCCCUUUCUCAACCCAGUCAGAGAAGUAACAUACAAGCAGAGUCAGAUAUGAUCCUGAGACCAUUAAUGGAUCUCCUUGAUGGAAGCUUAUCAAUGUUCUCACAAGCUUGUGAGAAGACAGUCUUGAAACGAUUACUCAAGGAAUUGUGGAAGAUUGUGAUGCACACAAUGGAAAAGACUGUUGUUCUUCCACCACUUUCAGAUCCCCGACAGCUGCUGCUUCUUCCUGGAAAUGCACAAGCAAAGAUUGAAGCCAUGUCCAGUGCAUUACUAACCCAUGUAAGCCAAAUGCCCAAAGGUGUUCAGAUGAUCCAGGAUAAUUUGGCUAGUCGUGGCUUCCAGAUCCAGCCAAUAGCCCAGUUGUCAAGCCAGCUGUCCAGUCAACCAGCCUUCUCCUCUGCACAGGACAUAUCAAAGGAAAUAGAGAAAAACUUGACUCCCAAACAGUGUGCAGCACUCGACUUGGCCCUGGACACCAUAAAGAACUACUUCCAUGCUGGUGGUCAAGGGCUUAAGAAAACCUUCUUAGAUAAGAGCCCUGAACUACAAUCACUUCGCUAUGCACUAUCAUUAUACACCCAGACAACUGAUACCCUCAUCAAGACAUUUGUUAAUACGGAAACUCAACAAGAUUUACCUGCACAAGAAGAUCAAGUUGGAGAAGUUUCAAUUCAGGUUGAUUUAUUCACUCAUCCUGGAACUGGAGAGCACAAAGUCACUGUUAAAGUGGUUGCAUGUAAUGACCUCAAAUGGCAAACGGCCAGUAUGUUCCGCCCAUUUGUUGAGGUUCAUCUGAUUGGGCCGCAUCUCAGUGAUAAAAAGAGGAAACAUUCCACCAAGUCCAAAAGCAACAACUGGUCUCCCAAAUUUAACGAAACCUUCCAGUUUAUUAUCGGUAAUGAAGAAGAACCUGAUGCAUACGAACUACACAUCUGUAUUAAAGAUUACUGCUUUGCUCGGGAGGAUCGUCAGAUCGGGAUAGCAGUGAUGCAACUACGAGAUAUUUCUGAACAGGGCAGCUGUGCUUGCUGGUGCCCAUUGGGCAAACGUCUCAAUUUGGACGAGACUGGAUGGACCAUUCUUCGCAUUCUCUCACAGAGAACCAAUGAUGAGGUUGCUAAGGAGUUUGUUAAACUCAAGUCAGAAUGCCGACAUCAAGAGGAUGUGGGCUGA